UUUCAAUGUUCAAGAUCCAUCCUACACGCAACACCAACAAGCCUUUUUUUUUCUAAUUCAACACAUCUUCAACAUCGUCCUUAAUUGCGAGCUACAUUGACACCUCGCAAACAUGGCGGUAGGAAAGAACAAGAGAUUGUCGAAGGGUAAGAAGGGACUCAAGAAGAAGGCCCAAGAUCCUUUCGCACGAAAGGACUGGUACUCCAUUAAGGCCCCCGCUCCCUUCAACAUCCGAGAUGUUGGAAAGACCUUGGUCAACCGAACCACUGGUCUCAAGAACGCAAACGAUGCCCUCAAGGGCCGAAUCUUCGAGGUUUCGCUAGCCGAUCUACAGAAGGAUGAGGACCACGCAUUCCGAAAGGUCAAGCUACGUGUCGAUGAGGUGCAAGGCAAGAACUGUUUGACCAACUUCCACGGUCUGGACUUCACCUCCGACAAGCUGCGAUCUCUUGUCCGAAAAUGGCAAACCCUGAUCGAGGCCAACGUCACCGUCAAGACCACUGACGAAUACCUACUCCGACUCUUCGCCAUUGCCUUCACCAAGCGCCGGCCUAACCAGAUCAAGAAGACCACCUACGCCGCAUCAUCCCAGAUCCGUGCCAUCCGCAAGAAGAUGGUCGAGAUCAUCCAGCGAGAGGCUGCUACCUGCACCCUGCAGCAACUGACCUCCAAGCUGAUCCCUGAGGUCAUUGGCCGUGAGAUCGAGAAGGCCACCCAGGGCAUCUACCCCCUCCAGAACGUUCACAUCCGCAAGGUCAAGCUCCUAAAGUCGCCCAAGUUCGACCUCGGUGCUCUGAUGAACCUGCACGGAGAGUCCACGACGAACGAGGAUGGACAGAAGGUUGAGCGGGAGUUCAAGGAACGAGUCCUUGAGGAGGUCUAAUUAUGAUGAACUCUGGUCAUGGUACGGCGUGGGUUUUUGCAACGGCAAUAGGUCUCACUUCUGAUUGCAUUCGGCGCGGCACGGCAGCCGCGGUUACAGCAGGCCCCUCAGGACAGAAAAAAAUGAGAAAGGUUAGCUGAAAAGUUAUGGGCGUUUCUCCGUUACCUACGUGAUAUACCGAUAUGUUGAUUCGUUGUCUUGCUAUUCUCAGGCAGUAGUUCAUCUGUCUCAAGUUUUUCGAUGCAUCAACGUGCAGCUCUUCCCUUUUUUUUUCUACUUUGAUACCCUUGCCAAAGAUGACUUGCCACGUGCAUAGAUAUUGGGUCAUCAAGCAUCUCAAUCCAUAAUCUUUAAUCCAUAGGUGGCUCCCACUUCCACUUCCACCCCUCCCUCCUUGAUGAGAUGCAGUCCACAAGUUCGUAGGUUAUAAGUAAUUAAGAGUUACAGCAAAUAUUAUAGGACCACAUGGACCGUGGUGUAGAAGAUGCCGGGGUUUCAUAUGAAGCAUAUUUCGGGAUUUUAUAGCUUAAGGACGAAAC